CGCGUUGUUCCUGCUGCUGUUUCGACUCUGCAUCUCUCUCCCCCUCGAUUUCUGGGCCCCACUCUUCAAUCAUUCAAAUCCCACCGGACAACCGCCCCCUCUGCCGGAAAACCAGUCCUCACUCCGUUCGCUUCCAACAUGAGCACCGGCGAGCUUCUCAACAUCGAACCCCAAGAACUCCAGUUCCCUUUUGAACUGAAGAAGCAGAUCUCGUGCUCUCUGCAACUCUCCAACAAGACAGAUGACUAUGUGGCUUUUAAGGUGAAGACAACAAAUCCCAAAAAAUAUUGUGUUAGACCCAACACUGGGGUUGUGUUGCCAAGGUCUACAUGUGAUGUUAUAGUGACCAUGCAAGCACAGAAGGAGAAGCCGUCGGAUAUGCAAUGCAAGGAUAAGUUUCUUCUUCAGAGUGUAGUCACCAGCGCCGGGGCUACCACCAAGGAUAUCACUCCAGAGAUGUUCAACAAGGAGUCGGGGCAUAGUGUUGAAGAGUGUAAGUUGAAAGUUAACUAUGUUGACCCGCCUAGGCCGCCAUCUCCUGUCCGGGAAGGUUCAGAGGAAGGCUCAUCGCCUAGGGCUUCAGUGGACAAUGGGAACUCAAAUGAUAAUGAGUUCAAAGCUGCUUCAAGAGCUUUUGGCGAGAGACAAGAGCCUCAAGAUAACCAUGAGGCUAAAAGUCUUAUUGCAAACCUGACUGAGGAGAAAAAUUCUGCUAUUCAGCAAAACAACAGGCUUCAACAAGAAUUGGAUCUUUUGAGGCGAGAGGCCAACGCACGCCGUGGUGGUAUUGCAUUUAUAUAUGUUGUUAUAGUGGGUAUAAUUGGCAUUAUUUUGGGGUACCUUCUGAAGAAGACAUGACCUGCAGAGACUACAUUUGCUUGACAACGAAGUGUAAAAAGAAAAAAGUUCAAAAAUUCGAAUAGUGAUUGAUUAGCUGUGAUUUUGGUUAUUUGUUUUAACAAUCUUUAUUGACGCUAGAAAUAUGCGAAUUGUGAGACAUUUAGAUGAAGCUUUUUGUUGUUGUAUUAGCAAGUGUUGUCUAAAUGGGUUUGUAGUUGUACUUUUGAAUUUUUAGAGAAAUUAAUUAUUU